AUGAAGCCGUUCCACAGUUGGAGCAGUGUGGUGACGAUCGCCACACUCGCCUUAUGCGCCGGUGUUGCGUUCGCGGCACCGAACGUGCGCGUUAAGCGUGGCGACGAACCCGAAGCCGUUGUCAUCGCGGAUGCCGAAUCCGCCGUCAACCCGCUCACGUCCCAGGAUGCGGUAGCCAUCAGCGACGACCUUGACCGUGACAAACGCAAAGUUCCCGACCCGAAGUACGAAACCAAGAAUGCCAUCCUAGGAUUCGUGUUUGGAGCUAGCAAACAGUCAGCCCAAGCGGUCAAGGACGCCAUCCAUCCGACGAAGGCUCCCAUCCCGGUGACGACAGACGAUACGCCCGAUCUGGACCGGCAGAAGGUAUCGCUCCAGGUGCCGGACGAACUAUUCGGCAGCUCGUUCACACUGGUGACCAACAUUUCCGGCCGCUUCGGUGAUUUGAUCAUGAGCACGGCACGCCGGGCGGGUGAAUUUUUCUGGGUGUUUCAACCACUGUUCGGUAAACACCUGACGAUCGAGAUACCGACCACGACGACGACGACGACGACGCAGCGCACAACCACCACGACCCGUGCCGCCCGCACGACGACCGAUGCCGCGCUGGUGCUUGAUCUGCUUUCCGGUGCGACAGACACGAACGACAUCUGA